AUGGAGUUAAAGCAUUAUAUCCUCGAUAUGGUCGAGUCGAUGGCUACCCACCUCGUGCUUUCAACGCACGAUAACAUGUUUGAGGCGCUGCAUGUCAAUUUAUUAUCAGAUGACCGUGGUCUGCUUUUGGGGUCACUCAAGUCAAUCUGUAGAUUCGUCAUGGGACGUGACGAAAGUAACCGCUUGGGAGAAAUUGGCAUGGAUGCCAUCAACCGAAUACGCAAUCUUCUAAUGCUUGAAGAUGAAGACUUGAAGCUUAUGCAACCGCCUGAUGGUAUCGAAUUGAUAAAGCAGUUGAUGAGAUUGUUACUCUACCAAGCCAUUCCCGGCGAACAGACUGUGUGGCUGAAGACUAGAAUACCUCGCCCAACUCCGCCUAGAGAGAUCCCGAAUCUUCCACAGGAAAUCGUCAAUGACCUCCUAACUUAUAUGGAGCCAGAAAGAGCAACCAAACCCAAACUCGGAUAUCACCCAAUCGCGCUUUGGCAGGCCUACCAAGCCCGCUUCAACGAUUACGUCCCGGCUGGCCGCAACCUUCUCCCCGCCGCUGAAUUUAUCAAGAAUGUCAGCAUCGCGUUCUCUGUUGCUUCCGCAAUGGUCUUGACUCUCCCCACAGGCGGUCAGAAGUUUAUCAUCAAAGGUAUCAGAGCUAGAGAGACUCCAAUGUCACUCAAAGGCCAGAUCUACGUUGCUUGCAAAUGGAUCGACACCACCGGCAAUGGCUCUAGAUGUCAUGCACAGCUUCCGACGCCUCAGGACCUAUGGCUCCGACGGAUCCUGGGAGAAAACUGCACUGCAACUGGGGCGGAUGCGGAAAGUAUAACCAUCAAGCUGGAGAAGAGGACCGCAGGAAAGUCAUUGGGACAUGUCCGGACUCAGAUUCCUGACUUGAACGAUCUCCGCGCUGCCCGAAUCGCUGGAAUGGAGGAUGUUGACGGCGGCAUCGGGGGUGAUGAGGAGCCGAAUUCGAAGGUCAUCAUCAGGAGAAACCAAACUGGCAUUGAUGAUCGCGGGGAGGCGGCAGGAAUCCCAUUAACUGCCGCCUUAGUAUUAAGGAACAUGGCCAGGAGGGGUAUGAACGAUGUUAGGGAAAUUUUGGGGGCGGAGAGGGGAGCGUUAUUUGAAGUUAUGGCAGUCAAUAAGCCCCUUGCGGCUUAUGUUGCCGAUCUAUUAGUGGAGGACGGUAUGGUUACUGAUGAUUAG